AUGGCUGGGUCCGACCUGGUGCAGGAGCUGCAGUUGGAGGUUACCUGCUCCAUCUGCACCAAGUACAUGGAGAUGCCUGUGAUGCUGGACUGUGGGCACAACUACUGUGAGGACUGCAUCAGCCAGCACUGGGACAGGGUGGAAGAGGAGGAGGAGCCAAGGCAGUGCCCCCUGUGCCGCGGGUCCUUCCGACAGCGCAGCUUCCGCCAGAACAAGUCGCUGGCCAACAUGGCGGAGAUCGUGCAGCGGUUCCCCUACCAGGAUAAGGCCCAGCAUGUGCGCUCCACAUCCAGCUCCACCGUGGGGAAGGACCCCCAGGGGCAGCAGCAUCUGCUCCACUUCCUGCAGGAUGGGCAGCAGAUGAUCCUUCAGAAGCUGCAGGAGAUGGAGGAGAGGAAUGGCACAAGGGAGGAGGGGGAAGAGAGGAAAGAGGAGCCAGACCCAGAGCAGCAGGAUGAAAAUAUCACCUUGAGCAGGUCUGGCAGUGAGAAGUCCUCUAAGUCCCGCUCACAGUCGCCAGAGCCGUGUGACUGCCGGCUGCCCCUGCUGAACAGCGUCCAGAGGAUACAGAUGAUGGGUUACAGAGUGGACGUGACUCUGAAUCCUAAAACAGCCAACCCUCAGCUCGUCCUGUCCAGUGACAGGAGGAGUGUGCGUCUUGGAGAUGAGCGGAAGGACCUGCUCAACUGCCACGAGAGAUUCGACACAGCUCCUUGCGUCCUGGCCAAUGAAGGGUUCUCAUUUGGCAGAUAUUACUGGGAAGUGGAGGUGUGGGAUGCUGGCUGCUGGGCAGUGGGAGUGGCCAGGAAGUCAGUGAAAAGGAAGGGACAUCUCAGACUCACACCUGAGCAUGGCUUCUGGACUAUCGAGAUGCACAUGGGCAAAUACUGGGCUCUCAACACCUCCCUGGCCCUUGUGUACUGCAACGAGAGGCUUCACAGGGUUGGGAUUUACCUCGACUACACGGAGGGGCAGGUGGCCUUUUACAAUGCUGAGUCCUCGACCCAUCUCUACACUUUCACCACCUCUUUCACGGAGGAAAUUUUCCCUUUCUUCUACAUCAAGGACAAGACGACCCCACUGGUCAUUAAUAGGUCCGAGAUUGAGGGAUGGAUUCCUCUGACUGAACAGACACAGCCUAGUCCAGCCCCCAUCAUUUGACUUGUGUAUGCCUUCCACUGUCCCUGGCACAGACAGAACAUGAGCAUGUCGCUCACAUCCACUUUGCAGUCAAAUGUCCCAUUUUAAUGCCAUUUAAACAUUGCCUUUGGAUUUUUUUUUCUGACUGAAAGUUUGUCAACGUGAGUGGAAUGGAACAUUUCAAUUUUUCAUUUUGAAGUUUUUCAUUUUAAAAUUUUAAUGUCCAAAUCAGGAGAAAACAUUUAGAUUUUAUCAGAUGAAACAUUUUGAUUGACCUAAACCAUUUUUUAAAAAUGCUGUUUUGCAAGAAAUUUCAAUUAAAAAAAAUAAUUCCAAUUUGGAGUGAAAAUAAAUUUUGAAAUUGCAGAAUUUCUCAUGGAAAGGAAAUUCCAGUUCUCACUCAUAGAGUGCUAGACUCUUCUGGUUUCUAAGCCUUUACGGGGUCACAUUUUAAACUAAUUAUGAGGAACAGAAACCUAUUAUUUUUCUUUUAAAUGAGAUGUGAGAUUCUUUUGUAAUCACAGGACUCUGGGAGCUGGGGCUUUAAGGAAAACAGAAGUUUUGCCAUGAAAUUGCUGGACUUGUCUCAGAAACCAGAAGAUUAAUAGAAAGAACUCAGUUUUGUUAUUCAUAUUUUAUAUAUUUUUAUAUAAAAUUAUUUUUUAAAAAACCUCAUGGUUUUAAGCCAAUCUCAUGAUUUCAGUGUGUAUGUCUUCUGACAGGUGGAUCUUGGACACUGUGGGGUUGGUGAUGCUGCCAUUCCCUUGAAACCAUCACACCAUGGACCAACCUGGCAUUGCCACAGCAACAAUGCCUUCGUCAUCAUGGCAACUGUGGCCUGUGGAUGUGAAAAAA